AUGAUGCCAGUACUUUUCUGCUUACUGUUUGUACUUGUCACUGCGCCUGACCCCCCUGCGGAUAAACCAGCUGACAAGCCAGAAGAUAAACCAGCCGAUAAACCGGAGGAUAAACCAGCUGACAAACCAGAGGAUAAACCAGCUGAUAAACCGGAAGAUAAGCCAGCUGACAAACCGGAAGAUAAGCCGGCUGAUAAACCGGAGGAUAAACCAGCCGAUAAGCCGGCUGAUAAACCGGAAGAUAAACCAGCUGAUAAGCCGGCUGACAAACCGGAAGAUAAGCCAGCUGAUAAGCCUGCUGAUAAACCGGAGGAUAAACCAGCUGAUAAGCCAGAGGAUAAACCAGCUGAUAAGCCAGAAGAUAAACCUGCUGAUAAACCAGCCGAUAAACCAGCUGAUAAACCAGCCGAUAAACCAGCCGAUAAACCA